CGGAAAGAUCUCACAGAGGAAAAUCGGGUUGAUCUCUUCAAACAACUGCAAGCUCAUGAAAGGUUGGAAAAACGUGUGAAAAAGCUGAAAUCUGAAAACUUAGAUGAAGAUGGGUUGAUGGAAGCAAAACUCCUCCACAACUACAGGCGUAUUGUGGAGAAGUACUCCCUUGACGAUGCCCCAAGUGAAUCAGAAGUUGAGAGAAAAGCAGCUCAAGAGCAGAAAGAGGCUGAGAAGGAAGCUAUAACUUUUGAGGACAAUAAAUUGCAAGAGAUGUGGAAAGAGGCUCAACACUCUGGCUUUUCAGAGGAAGAUUUGAACCUACUCCAGGAAGAGUUUUCUCACCAACAGAUGAAGAUAAAGGAGUUCAACUUUGUCCACGGUGAACUCAAUGACCUGCAUGACCCAGAUGAAAAUACCAUUUUCAAUGAUGAUGACGUGGAAGCCAAUGACAAAGACCAAGACAGUGACCGUCGGAGAGGCAAGCUGGAGCUCCAGGAUGGGUUCAGGAGGCUGGAACAUUUAGCGACAAACCUCACCCCGACUGAUGGCGAGUUCGAAGACCCGAGGGUGAACAGCCUGUGGAGCAUGGUACAGAAGUCCAAGUGGUCACAGGAGAAGCUGAAAAGUUUCAAAGAGGAAUUGAGGCACUUUGAGAAACGUCUCAGUAAACAGAAACACUUUGCAGAUCAGCUGGCGUUGUCCAGGCAGUCACUGGAACAUAAGCGGUCUCCGGAUAAUCACAAAUUUCUGAUGGAGAAGACUGACUCUCUCAACAAUGAGAUCAAAAAGUACCACAGUCACCUAAAGGAGAGAGUAACAAAAGCCAUAAGACAUACAGAGUUGUGAUGUAUCAAGUCAAAAAACGUGGAGACAGAAGAGAUAGUGGAGUAGUGGAGGAAUGAAAGAGAUUUUUUAUUGCGCUCGUGCAUUAUCUCAAUUUUCUGUUUUGUGUGAUUUAUGUCAUAAGAAGAGCUAGGACUGAGUGCUUGUUCACCAGAAGGUGAGAAAAAUGUCGUGUGUGUGGGUACAAAGUACAAAUGUAGUAAUUUUUGUCCUAUCUUUUCUUAUCUGAAUGCAAUGAUGAAUGUUUUGAGAUUUGAUCAUGAACUGUGUCAUGUGAAAAAGAUUUAAUCAGGAUUCCUAUUGUUAAUGUUUUCACCUGCCUUAUACCAAAUUUAUAUGUUUUAUUCUCUAGCAAAAUAUGUAAAAGCUGAGAAUGUCUUCUGAUUUUUAAAAGAACGACAGAGAGUAGUUUUGCUUACUACCUUUUGUGUUGAUGUAAAACACAACGGAAA